GUUUGUUUUGUUUGCGGUUUCAAGAGCAGAUCGAUGUCGAAGGCCGAGACUGCGGCCGAGAGCGAAGAAGAUGACAAAUUAACCACAGAAGCGACUCAAAAAGGCUGGUCUGAUCGCAAAUUGUAGAAAAUGGCAAACCCUGUCGAUCUAGUUGAAAAAUUUAAGAAGCUCUUUUUCGAAUCGAGCAAAUGCACCACAGCCGAAAAGUGGAAGGUUCUUGGACAGGAGCAGGACGGAUUUGUGGUUUCGUGGGAAAGCAAAGAGGGCAAUUUGAGAAAUCCCGUCACGAAGGUCGGAUUCGUGGAUCUGGAGAACCAAAUAUUCAAAGUUCUCCAUUCAUUCAGCGACUCAAAAAUUUUGGUACAAGCUUCAGUCAACAGGCACAAGUCAUUGAUUGGAUACACAACUAAGUCUGGAAAUGAUCUCUACGAAGUUUGGUUUGCUGCCGUCCAUGAGCGGAAAGAAGAAAAAAUUGCCUCUUCACCAACGCAAGCAGCCAUUCAGUUUCUGCACAGGACCAGGGACCCUGUUUUCACUUCAGACGAAAUGAAAUUCAAGGAAAAGUUCUUAGUCUUCAUGCACCAAAACAGUGUUGGCCUCUACCAAGUAGAGCUGUCGAAAUCUGCGGAUGAUAAAUGGUUUCAGACCAGUCCGAUCACGUCAGAUGUCAUUGUGCGCCAGUUUUCUUGGGCUCAGUGGGACCCUCACCUGCAAAGUCUAUUUUACGUCAGUGUGAAGACGGCUCAGUCUCGGCUUAUGCAGGGUGAGGAAGAUGAGUUUUUUAAGGAGUUUGCCUCUCGACCUCCUCAACCAUCCCUCUCUUGUCUGCAGUUUCACGACGAUCUACCUCAUGAGACUGUUCUAAACAUUCCUUUGAACCUUCCUGAGGGAACAGCACCACCUGCUGGACUUCCUGGGCCUGAAAGUCUUUAUUCGGAUAAUCCAGUGCCAUUAAAAAUCCAUGACAACACCCUCGAGUUGGCCAUCAUUUGCAGCAACAAGGGAUUAGCCUAUGUUUGCCACCAUUACAUUUACUAUGGAAAGGAAGGAAAAGAAGUUAGCAUUGAUGAAUGUGUGAAUUUUGCCUAUUCGGUCACAGCCCUGCACCACUGCUGUGUCAUCGAGUGUGUCAUUUCAGACGUUCCUGCCAACCUUGCAUACAAUGUUUUGCCAACUUUUGUUUUGCACGGCGACCAACACCUUCUAGUUUUUGCGUCCGAUCUCUUCACCCACCUGCUGGACGUGGGUUCGGCCCACGAACCGUGCAACCAUGUGAUAAUUUCGCCACCCAUGGCCGUUCCCCUGUACCCUUCACCCCUGAACUAUUCACCUCCGAAGCUUGGGUCUCGUCUGCUGGACCUGUCUAGUCUGGAGCUGUACACGGUCAAAGUUACCAAAAGCGAACUGUCCAUGAGUUUCCGUUUCGAUCACAACUGCCAAAACAGAAUUGCAAUUUUGCACCAACUCCUGCAACACUACAAUGAUUUCGAAACUGCUUCUGAGCUCUUGAAAUGGUUGAUGAAAAAUGAAGCAAGGAGUCUGACCACUUCCAAAUUAGUUCAAGAACUUCUUAUUGGCACUGCCUAUGCUAAUGCAACCAAAAAUAUUCCAAGCGACGCCCUUCCACUAAUCACAAUUUUGCCGCUAACCACGGCAAGCAAACAACCAAGAGCUGGCAUAGUUUGGUUGCAGCAGAAGGAGCUUUGGAACACGGCCAUGACACUACUUUCUCCGCAACAACGGCUUGUGCCGUAUCGAGCAGAUAUGUGGACUAGACUCUGGGAUGCUGCCCACAGCAAGCCCAGUGAAAGAUUCUGUCCUUCACACGUCGCUGAUAAACUUAUGUUGUCGCUACUUUGUUAUCAGCCAGAAGCACUUUCAAGAAGCAGCACUCCUCUGUCUCCAGGCGCAGGAUUUAGCUCCAUUUCGUCGACACUGCCAGAUUUGGUUCGCAGCAGCCGUGACGGUGGCAAAGAAAACUUCAUAGGUCUCCUGCCCUUCCAAGAAGCGGAAACUUGCACCGCCAGCAAACAAGAGUACGUCGUUGCAGUGAAUUUGCGGGAGCUGAGCAUGCAUCUUUUGAAAGGAGCCACGCAAGGGCCUCGGCCCAUUUUUUGUCCGUCACCCAUGCAUGUUCACGCUGUGGCGACACGAUUUGUUGGUGCUCAACUCGAAGCGUCACGCCAGGUGUGCCGUCUCAUGGCCUCCUGUGCAGGUGUUGAGGCUGAGAAGCAAGGAGAGAGAGGCUUUCUUCUCAUUGAUCAGCUGGAUGAAAAUCGUCGUCAAGCACUUUUCAUCAUGAUGGAACGCUUCUUCUACUGUGCAGAGGCCCAAGCCUUUCCUGUACCGCAAGGGUUCACCUCCUUUUUCUCCUAUUUGGGAUAUCGUACUCUCCCCUGGCCCCUAUUUCUGCAGUACAACCGCAGACACGUUUUUGAGCUACAUGUCGACGCCAUCAAGGCAAUAUUCGGAGACAUGACGGAAAAGCGACUAGGCGUGAGCUACAAAGUAGGCCUAUUGCAGUUGCUGCCGAGGACCAGAGCAAGGCGAAUUCUUAACCAGUGGGGCCACCCCAUUAGUUACAUGUACAGGGCAAGAGAACAUGCUCUACUCCUUUUGUCUGGCGAAUCAGCCAACAGGGAUCACCGGCAAGUGACACAAAGACGCAACACCAUUUCGUCCAGAGGAAUUGCUGCUUUCCCCUCUGCGGAUCGAUUGUCCCCACUGGACACCUUCCUAGAUUUGCUUACAGCCAAAGCAAGUUUAACUGAGCUGGACAUUCCUCUUUUGGUGGAGGCAACAAUAACGUCAACUGAAGAUUUUCUUUUAUAAAUACUUCUUGUAUUCAUGUUAAUUUUUAACUCAGAUUUUCAAAUAUUUUGGCUUUUGAUCUCCUUUGGCAGUGUUUUAGUUUUAGAAUCGUUAUAAUUAAAUUUUUCAGGUAUGA